UUCUCUUCUCAAGCAGCUCCUGGGUGCUUUUUAAAAGCUCCAGAUAAAAUCAAGAUCGUAGAUGAGGAGCACUGUGGGUGUGUUUGAUAGCUGAAUGGCAUGACUGAGAAAAAGCAGAAAAAUGCAUUAAGUGGCAGAUAGAUUGUUCAGAUCAGCUGGAAUAUCACUCUUGUCGCAUCUGCAUAUUGUUUUGUUGACUGGGAAAGAGCUGAGGUGAGCACCAGCAGGAAAUAAAGUGGGGAUGGACCCGGAUGUGGGUUAGAUGAGGUGGGUUGCUGCAGAAUCUGUUGAUCCAGGAAGUGGAACUAUGCCUCUCUGACGCCUGCACAGAAAGUCAUUGCAACGCACAUCCGUUGUGCACAUCUCAGAAAGGAGUAGGGAGAAAAAAAAAACCGUGCUGAGCUAUGGCUAUCUACUGAAAUUAAUAAGAAGUUAAUACAGAAAGUCUCCAGAUGGACACAAGACGUACAGUCGUCACAUAGAAUCAGUUGCCUGAGAAGCCAUGGAGAGCGAUCUUAUUCUUUCUUCACAUCCUGCCUAUCCAGAUGAAGAGCCAUAUUUGGAAGCCAAGCGGUACAUAGAAAGGGUUGAGCAGAAGAAUAACCUGUGCCAGGAAGAAAACCACAGGGAGGGAACCAUUGAACAAUUGGAGACAGACUGCCCUGAUCCCUUAGAGCAUGGGGCUUCCAUUACAAUGUACCCUGUUAGGGUUCCCAGCAUGCAUUUAAACUGUGCUACAGUGCAAUGGGAUAUGCCUCAACCUUCUGCAGAUGCUCCAUCCAGAGACUCAGGCUCAAUUGAUAUUACCUCGAGCUAUAGAUUGAGUAUGGACUGGGUAGUUAAUCCUUUGUCCUUAGACAUGCCUUUGUUAAACCAGGAGGACAUUAUUGACCUGGUAACUGCGGAAGAGCCUGGACAGGCAGAUUUCGACUCUCAGCAUGAAGGGCCAGCUACAAGUCUAGAAGUCGCUGCUUGCCAGUUCUCUGAUGCAGAAACAGAGGUGAAUGUUUGUUUUACACCAUCAAAUGAAGAUGACCAGGCACCACUGACAGAAACCUCACAGACGUCAGAAGGGAGUGAUGGUGAAUUAGUAAACUACGAGAAAAACGGUGAUGAGAAAGAAGACCAUCUUUGCACAGAAAAUCCAGAGAUCCAGGUGGUUCCUGAGAUUUUAGAAGGUCUUGAAGAAGAAUCUCUAAAAACAGGGAAUAAUGUGCUAAUUUCUGAAGCUGAGGAAGGUUUGGAAGAAACAAAAGACGGUGUGGAGAGCAGUUCCGAGGAUGGUAUGAUUAGUGUAAUUAUAACGUUACCUGGAGAGGAGGACUGCAGUACCACACCACAGUCAGAAACAAAAUGCCCAGUCCUUGAAGUAGAUUCAGCACAAAAAGAGGAACCUGAUCUAAUCCAAGAGGUAUAUCCACCACAACCAGGAGCACCACCUGAUUUGGUCUGUGAUGCUGUAAAUGCAGUAGUGACUGUAGAUUCUGAAAAUAUGAACUUGACUAUAAUUGCUAAUGAUGAGAUACUGGAGUUAGAAAAUGCAGAGACAUUUGUGGAGACGCAAGAAUGUGUGUUGGAAGUCAAGCAAGAGGAACCAACCUGUGAACAGCAGAUGGAAAUUACAGUGGAAGUGGAACUUCAUGGACACAACGAACAAUUCAUACAACAACAGUCAAAACAAGAACUUUUAAUUGGUGAAGAACUUUCAGAAGGGUCAAAGCUAUCAAGUUCUAGUGAAGCACAAACAUCAGACCAGGAACGCCAGACAAAAAGUGUAGCUGAUGUAGAAGCAAGUCAGACAAAAAAUCCCAAGGUGGAAGAACUCUUUGUCCAGUCAGAAAGCUUUACUGAAACAGAAUCUACGCAACUUUCAGAAUUAAAGGAUGGUAAAGAAACCGAGCAGGAAAACCGUACUGACUCCGAACAUCAAAACCAUGAUGGUGAAAGGCAAACUGAAAAUGUAUUAUCUGAAUAUGUGACUGAGGAGCAACAGGGGGAAUCAAAGGAUGAUAAAGAAACCAAUCAGUCACUUGAGAUCCAAAAAAUCGAUCAGGAAAACCAUACUGACUCCAAACAACUUCAGAACCAUGAUGAAGACAGUGAAAGGCAAACUGAAAAGGAAUCAUCUGGACAUGUGGCUAAUGAAGAACAGGAGGAAUCUGUCGACUCUGCAAAUCCUAUCAAGAAGAGAAACGUAACAUUCGUAGACAGAGAUGAAGCUUGUAAACUUGCAGAGAGACUUUACAAGCUUGACAAUGUUCAGCGUACUGAUGUGGUCCGACAUCUGGACAAAGACAAUGAGUUCAGUCAUGCUGUUGGGGAGGAGUAUCUUAAGUUCUUCGAUUUUACAAACCAAAGCUUGGAUGAAGCUCUUCGAUCAUUUCUGAUGCAAGUGGUUCUGAUUGGCGAAACUCAAGAGCGGGAAAGAGUGCUUGAUCAUUUCUCCAGGCGUUACCAGCAAUGCAACCCUGCAACAUUCUCUACAGCUGGAGCCGUGCUCACACUCACAUGUGCUGUCAUGUUGCUCAACACAGACCUGCAUGGACAGAAUGUUGGGAAGUCCAUGACCAUGCCUCUCUUUGUGUCUAACUUGGAUGGGAUGAAUGAAGGAGAGAAUUUUAAUAAAGAUUUACUAAAGACCUUAUAUAACUCAAUCAAGAACCAUCCGCUUGAGUGGGCCGUAGAAGAUAAGGAAUUGUUGACCUUAAACCCAGAUUCGGAUCCAGAUGCACCUCUUCGCUCGAAGAGUAACCCAUUUCAGGAUCUUGCUCAUGAUAAGAAGGCCACCGUGUUCCAGAAAGGCUUCCUGAAGCGUAAAGCACACGCAGACAUAGACGGCAAGCGCACUCCAUGGGGAAAGAGGAGUUGGAAGACUUUUUAUGCUGUGCUUAAAGGAAUGGUGCUCUAUUUACAGAAGGAUGAAUACCGGAAAGACUGGCAAAGCUCUGAAGAGGUGCUCAGUGUUCAUCACGCUCUGGCAGAGAGAGCACAGGACUAUACCAAGCGGCCGCACGUAUUCCGGCUUCAGACUGCAGAUUGGAGGGUCUUCCUGUUUGAAGCACAAUCUACAGAGCAAAUGAACUCUUGGAUCGGCCGAAUCAACCUGGUGUCCGCUCUGUACUCGUCUCCUCCAUUUCCGGCUGCUGUUGGCUCUCAGAGGAAGUUCUGUAGACCCAUCCUACCAGCCACACAGUCAGCACUUUCAAUGGAGAAGCAGCUGCAGUCACAUGCCGCCAUGCUGCAGUCGUUUCAGGAGGACCUGAGCGAGUUACAGCAGAGGGUUCAAGAAAGCCGAAGGGCAAAAGCCAAGGAAGUGGAGGAGCACAGACAGAAGGAGGAGUACCUACAGCAUGAGCAAUCACGAUAUGAGGCUUACGUUCACAUUCUGGACGUCUGGCAGGCCCUGGGAAAGUCCUCUGAGACGGCCGGCGGGACAGACCUCACCCUUUUCGACCAGGAGUUGUGGAAAGGCGCAGACACAGAAGAAAAGGAGGACAGUGAUAUAGAUGGAGGGAUGAUAAGAUCUCAUUCCAGUCCAUCUCUCGAACUGGAGGUAGCGACCCCACCUGUGGUGAAAGUGAGGCGUAACAUCUCGGAGAGACGGACCUAUCGCAAGAUCAUCAUUCCCCGACGUAACAGGGAGGUUUAAGACUAAAAAUCCGACUGUGACUGAUUCAUUGUUCUAAAAUAGAUUUUAUUUUAUUUACAUACGUUCUUCACCAAUCCUCCAGUUGCCGAAUUUCAGUAUUUGAUGAGGGCUGCAUUGCAAAAUGUCCCUAACCGUAACCCUGACUCAAUAAUUUGCCAUUUUUAAAAGUACAAAAUGAGCUCAGAGAUCACCACUUUAUUUAUCUACAUCUGUUUGAGAAAUCUAGUGACAUUUUUAUUUCAGUAAUCAAUCAUCGAAUACAGCAGUCAUAUCUAUAUAACAUCGUAGCAAUUUACUUAACAAUUAUUUUGAAUCUAGUACACUCAAGAACUGUUUUUAUUUUAGUAGUUAUUAGUAAACCUGAGCCAGAACAUUGCUCAUAAUAUGAAGUCGAAAUGACAAAUUUUUUCCAUCUAUUACGCAUCGUUGGUUUUACUGCUUACAGUCAACAAUGAUUUAUUGUUUUAAUAUUAAAUAUUUCAACCGGUAUAGAUAUGUACUCGCUGUUCAACAUGACCAAAAAAAAAACAUUUCUUGGUGGUGAACACACAUUUGAAGGGUUCACCAUGCCUUGUUUACAGCUCAUAAGUCAGCUGCAACACUGACAAAGAAAAGCUCUGUUUAUUGCAAAUACAUUCCACAAAAUUUGUCAUAUAUAUAUAUUGUUCAAUACGUGUGCUUAGUAUGUUUAGAAAAAAAUAUUACAUCUGUAAGGUUUCUGUUUGAUGUGCCUAUACCUUUAAAGAAAAAUGGUUCUUUAUGGUUGUGUGUUGGGUAAAGGCAACUUCCUGGAACCCUUUCUGAUGAUGAAACACCAUGUUGUAUGGUUCUACGUCAACAAUUUUAGAACUAACCACAAAGGGACGCCAUUUUUCUUUUGAAGUGUAUAGUGUAUUGACUGAUUGUGGCCACAAGAGGGAGCACGUCUGUCUACUGUAAAUUCACUGGACUAAAUAAAUUAGAUCAAAUUUAGUCUAAACUAAAUUAAAUACAGUUGAUAUAUUUUUAUAUAUUAAAAAAACCCUGCAAUGCA